AUGCAAUCUUUUUUUCGGCUCUGGUAUGAGCCUCUAAACAAAUUCUUGCUUGUGAGGUCGUCUGAACUUGACAGUUCCUUACGGUUUCCGCUCAGUCCCUUCAAGUUGGUGAACGCACGCACCGAUUUCCCUCAACUUUGUGUUGGUGUCCAGGCUACUGAGAGUAACGACAAGUACGAAUUCAGCUGGGUAAAAUUUGAAGAUAGGAAAAUCUUGAAUCCGUCGGAAACUCUUGACAUUUCUAUGUUCAACAACGCGAAGCUUGAUAUAGUGGGUAUGUCGCAGAUCGGGAAGGAUUCGUUGCUGUUUGCCUAUAAAAACAAGGUGGUUAUAACUGAUCUAGAAGGACGAGAGAAGACAAAAUUAGCUGUGUUUACAUUCAAUUUCCACAUAGAAUAUAUACAUACGAUGCCGGAUUCAAUAUUAGCUUUCCAUUCUCACGGAGUACAGGGAAGAUGUCUGUCGAACAAUACCGUGACGCAAGAUAUCUCCGAUAUGUCAAAAAUCUAUCGCGUGAUAGGCAAUGACAGGGUGAUUGCAUUGAAAUCGCAUCCGCUUUGUAGCUGUGAGAAGCACGAUAUCUACUUAUUGACCGGUCAUGAGGCCACGCCUACGGAGUAA